AUGCUUUUCAGACGGAGAGCCAGGAUGUUGCGAUGGCUGGUUUGUGGUCGCUUGGGUCCAGUGUGGAUGUGGAAGGCAUUGCUGCUCUUCGGGGCAAUUGCAUUCGCCAGCCAGCUGUUGGGGGUCAUCUUCAACAAGAGCAGUUUCCAGCCAGCUCCUCACUCCAUUUUCUCGUUCCCUGAUGCUCAGGGGCCCUCUUUGGGCUCCUGUCAGCCCCACACCCACAUCAUGUUCCUGAAGACCCACAAGACGGCCAGCAGCACUGUGCUCAACAUCCUGUACCGAUUUGGAGAAGAGCGCAACCUUCACUUUGCCCUGCCAAUGAGCUACCAGCUGGGCUAUCCAUUGCCCUUCAAUGCUCACAGGGUCAAAGGUUAUCGGGGUCCUGGAGCCGAGGAGUUCCACAUCAUGGGAAAUCACAUGAAAUUUGACAAGCUGGAGGUGGAGAAGGUGAUGCCGGAAGACACCUUUUACUUUUCUAUCAUCAGAGACCCGGUUUCUCUGGCUGAGUCUUCCUUUUCUUAUUUCAAAGAGGUAGCACCUGCCUUUCGGAAGGCCAAAGGGUUGGGCGACUUUGCUGAUGACCCUAAGAAAUACUACGACCCUCGUUUACGCAAUAAUCACUAUGCCCGUAACGUUCUGUCGUUUGACUUUGGAAUGGACCACAAUGCUAAUUUCUCUAUGGCACUGGCUCAACGUGGUGAGGCCAUGAUCCGCCAGGCCUUCAAUCUGAUUCUGAUGUCUGAGUACUUUGAUCAGUCCAUGAUCCUGUUGAGGCAUGCCCUCUGCUGGCCACUGGACGCUGUUGUCUCUUUCAGCCUCAAUGCCCGCCAGCAGAAGCCCAGUGGCAUUGGGGUGAUGGGUGGGAGCCGGGUGGGCAAGGCUGCGGCUGGUGUCGGUAAUAAAGGAGGACAUUCUCAAGCCAAAAUGCCGCCCAAUCUGCCACUCACGGAGGAACAGCGUGAAAGGCUGCGGCAGUGGAAUGCCUUAGAUUGGUACUUAUACAAAGCCUUCAACCAGACCUUCUGGGAGGAAAUUCAGAGGUUUGGUCUGACUGAGAUGGAGCAGGAAGUAGCUCUUCUCAGGGCACGGCGGGACGUACUGGCCCAGGUUUGCCUCAGGGAUGGUGGGAAACCUUUGGAGGCAUAUCGGAUUCGAGAUAAAACCAUCCGGCCAUAUCAGACUGGAAUGGUAAAGAUUCUUGGCUAUGAGCUUCAACCAGGGCUGGACAACGCCACCAGAACAGCCUGUCUGAGAAUGAUCAGGCCAGAGAUCCAGUACAAAGACGUGCUUGAUGCUAAACAGUUUCCACGGGAUUCUGCAUCUCAAGUCCAGCCAAGGCAACAGAGCCAGGGACGGUUGGUCUCAGCCGGUGGCUCUUUUUUAAGACAAGACUCAUCAAGAACAGGAGAGACGCUGGUGGUGGGAGAGGUUGGGGGGAGGACAGUGGAGGAAGGGGAGAGAGACUGGGAUGCAAGCCAUUCAAUUCGGACCAACCAGACUUUGAUGGGAGGGAAAGCAAAGGAAGGUUGAGAUAAUUUGAGCUUCCAGCUCCGCCUGCUACCCUCACAUCCUGGAUUACAAUUG